UUGAUUUUCUCUCGAAGUAAACAUUACAUUAUCUUGCUAAAUCAUAUUGACGCAGUGCGUUCAUGUUUGUGUUGUCGUUUCGAUAUAAAUAAUUGUCAAUUAGUAAUUUAUUCAAUUAUUUCGUUUGAUUGAACUCAUGUCUGGCUCUUGUUAUGCAUGUUCAAAAAAAUACGGAUUUUUCUGCAAAGAGGUAGGAUGUCCGAAUUGUGGAUUUUCAUUUUGUACAAAAUGCCUUAAAAAGACCAUCGCUGUACCGAGAUGCGGUAAUUCGGAGCGCAAAGUAUGUUUAUCAUGUUUUGAAAAGUUAUCGAAAGAAAAUCCACAACAGACUUCGUCGAAACAACAGCAACAAAAAAGUAUUAGUGGUCAAUUGACAGUGGCACCAGGCAGUUCCGUGCUAGAUGCUCCAAUUCCAAAUGAAGAACAAUUGCCUGAUAUUGAUGAGGAGAUAAAAAAGCGACUAGAAGUGGUGAAACAGCCAACAAAUGAUCUGGAUAAAGAAUUUUCGGAUCAUGGCAUUGCCGAACGUUUGGCCAAUUUAAAAGGAAUGCCAAAUAAGGAAUACGACCAUCGUGCCAUGUUGAAUGCGGUUGAUAAGCGAACUGAUAAUGAAAAAGCAAGUGAUUUAGUGGAACAAUUUAUGAAAGAAGUUAAUUUGGACGAAGCGACAAAAGAGAGCUAUGAAGAUCCAAUAAAAAGUAUCGAACGUCGUUUGGCUGCGCUAAAGGGUUCACCAACAGGGCAAACUGAUGAGAACCGAUUAUCCGAUCAAUCCCCAGAAGAUGAAGAGACGUUAGCAAAGAAAAUUGUUACCAAAUUCUUGGAUGAAGCUGCACUACCCGAUUCCGAUUUAACGCCCGAUGAAAAAGAGUAUGUGAAUAGCAUUAAACCAGAUCAAAAUACUGAAGAAUUGCCAUGGUGUACGAUUUGCAAUGAAGACGCAACAAUUCGUUGCGUUGGCUGUGAUGGCGACCUAUUUUGUCGGGCAUGCUUCAAUGAAAUCCACGCAAAUGAUGAAGAAUACCGUGAACAUCAAACGAAAAAAUUUAUUCCAAAGGAAACACAAUCGCAAUAACGUUCUUGAUAAAAUUGAGCUUUUUUUAUUUUACAUUUGAAGGAUCUAUUUUAACGUUUGUUAAAUUUGUUAAUAAUUCAUGCUAAAAAAAUAAAUAAAGAAGAAUUAUAUAUUUUGUUAAUGUUAAA